GGCCGUUUUGUAACAGUUCGCAAGGUUAGACAACACGCUCGUGUCCUCAAAGAAGAUAACGCGUAUAAAUGGAACAGUAUUUAAGGGAUCAUAUAGGUAAACCUCCCAGUUGGAAUAAGCAAACUAAAAUGAAAACAGUAGUUUUGCUUGCUUGCCUUAUCGGCUACGUCCUAUCUGAGACCUGUACCAGCUCACAUACUGAGUGUCAACACACAUCAUGUGAUUCUACCUCCGAGCUCCACUGUGUGGACGGAUUCUGCACGUGCACAGUUGCCACGAACAUGGCAUGCACGACAGUCAAGGAAUGUCAAGCCUUAACCGACUGGAAUUGUCCACAAAACAGGAGGCAUUGUAUUGACAAUGUUUGCAGAUGUACACGAUUUUAAAUCAAUAAAUUGAAAUGUAUGAUA